UCCCGGAUGUGCUUUGCCGGAUGUGCUUUCCCGGCGGCCAUCUUGGGAGUCUGAAGGACCUGAGGCGUUUUGUGACGAGGAUCGUCUCAGAUCAGCGGAGGGAAGAGACUUAGACUUAUCCAGUCUUCAAGGUGCUCCAGGAAGCAGGAGUUGAAGACCUGGGUGUGAGGGACACAUACACCCUAAAAGCACCACAGCAGAGGAGGCCCAGGCAGUGCCAGGAGUCAAGGUUCCCAGGAGACAAACCCCCUAGGAAGACAGGCGACCUGUGAGGCCCUAGAGCACCACCUUAAGAGAAGAAGAGCUGUAAGCCGGCCUUUGUCAGAGCCAUCAUGGGGGACAAGGAGAUGCCUGCUGCUGGGAUGCCGAGCCUUCUCCAGAGUUCCGCUGAGAGUCCUCAGAGACGUCCUGAGGUGGGGGACUCCCAGUCUCCUCUCCAGAGACCUCCUGAGGGGAAGGACUCCCAGUCUCCUCUCCAGAUUCCCCAGAGUUCUCCUGAGGGCGACGACACCCAGUCUCCUCUCCAGAGUCCUCAGAGUCGUACUGAGGGGGAGGACUCACCGGAUCCUCUCCAGAGACCUCUUGAGGGGAAGGACUCCCAGUCUCCUCUCCAGAUUCCCCAGAGUUCUGAGAGCGACGACACCCAGUCUCCUCUCCAGAAUCCUCAGUGUCCUUCUGAGGGGGAGGACUCCCUGUCUCCUCUGGAGAUUUCUCAGAGCCCUCCUGAGGGUGAGGAUGCCCAGUCUCCUCUCCAGAAUCCCACGAGUUCCUUCUUCUCCUCCGAUUUAUUGAGUAUUUUCCAGAGUUCCCCUGAGAGUACUCAAAGUCCUUUUGAGGGUUUUCCCCAGUCUCCUCUCCAGAUUCCUGUGAGCGCCUCCUUCUCCUCCACUUUAUUGAGUAUUUUCCAGAGUUCCCCUGAUAGUACUCAAAGUACUUUUGAGGGUUUUCCCCAGUCUCCUCUCCAGAUUCCUGUGAGCCCCUCCAUCUCCUCCACUUUAUUGAGUCUUUUCCACAGUUCCCCUGAGAGAACUCAGAGUACUUUUGAGGGUUUUCCCCAGUCUCCUCUCCAGAUUCCUGUGAGCCCCUCCUUCUCCUCCACUUUAUUGAGUAUUUUCCAGAGUUCCCCUGACAGUACUCAAAGUACUUUUGAGGGUUUUCCCCAGUCUCCUCUCCAGAUUCCUGUGAGCCCCUCCUUCUCCUCCACUUUAUUGAGUCUUUUCCACAGUUCCCCUGAGAGUACUCAGAGUACUUUUGAGGGUUUUCCCCAGUCUCCUCUCCAGAUUCCUGUGAGCCCCUCCAUCUCCUCCACUUUAUUGAGUAUUUUCCAGAGUUCCCCUGAGAGAACUCAGAGUACUUUUGAGGGUUUUCCCCAGUCUCCUCUCCAGAUUCCUGUGAGCCCCUCCUUCUCCUCCACUUUAUUGAGUCUUUUCCACAGUUCCCCUGAGAGAACUCAGAGUACUUUUGAGGGUUUUCCCCAGUCUCCUCUCCAGAUUCCUGUGAGCCCCUCCAUCUCCUCCACUUUAUUGAGUCUUUUCCAGAGUUCCCCUGAGAGAACUCAGAGUACUUUUGAGGGUUUUCCCCAGUCUCCUCUCCAGAUUCCUGUGACCUCCUCCUUCUCAUCCACUUUUUUGAGUAUUUUCCAGAGUUCUCCUGAGAGUACUCAGAGUACUUUUGAGGGUUUUCCCGAGUCUCCUCUCCAGAUUCCUGUGAGCGCCUCCUUCUCCUCCACUUUAUUGAGUAUUUUCCAGAGUUCGCCUGACAGUACUCAGAGUACUUUUGAGGGUUUUCCCCAGUCUCCUCUCCAGAUUCCUGUGAGCCCCUCCAUCUCCUUCACUUUAUUGAGUCUUUUCCAGAGUUCCCCUGAGAGAACUCAGAGUACUUUUGAGGGUUUUCCCCCGUCUCCUCUCCAGAUUUCUGUGAGCCCCUCCAUCUCCUCCACUUUAUUGAGUAUUUUCCAGAGUUCCCCUGAGAGAACUCAGAGUACUUUUGAGGGUUUUCCCCAGUCUCCUCUCCAGAUUCCUCAGAGUCCUCCUGAGGGGGAGAACACCCAUUCUCCUCUCCAGAUCGCUCAGAGUAUUCCUGAGUGGGAGGACUCCCUGUCUCCUCACUACUUUCCUCAGAGCCCUCCUGAGGGGGAGGACUCCCUGCAUCCUCACUACUUUCCUCAGAGCCCUCCUCAGGGGGAAGACUCCCUGUCUCCUCACUACAUUCCUCAGAGCCCUCCUCAGGGGGAGGACUCCCUGUCUCCUCACUACUUUCCUCAGAGCCCUCCUCAGGGGGAGGACUCCCUGUCUCCUCACUACUUUCCUCAGAACCCUCCUGAGGGGGAGGACUCCCUGUCUCCUCACUACAUUCCUCAGAGCCCUCCUGAGGGGGAGGACUCCCUGUCUCCUCACUACAUUCCUCAGAGCCCUCCUCAGGGGGAAGACUCCCUGUCUCCUCACUACAUUCCUCAGAGCCCUCCUCAGGGGGAGGACUCCCUGUCUCCUCACUACUUUCCUCAGAGCCCUCCUCAGGGGGAGGACUCCCUGUCUCCUCACUACUUUCCUCAGAACCCUCCUGAGGGGGAGGACUCCCUGUCUCCUCACUACAUUCCUCAGAGCCCUCCUGAGGGGGAGGACUCCCUGUCUUCUCACUACAUUCCUCAGAGCCCUCCUCAGGGGGAAGACUCCCUGUCUCCUCACUACAUUCCUCAGAGCCCUCCUCAGGGGGAGGACUCCCUGUCUCCUCACUACAUUCCUCAGAGCCCUCCUGAGGGGGAGGACUCCCUGUCUCCUCACUACAUUCCUCAGAGCCCUCCUGAGGGGGAAGACUCCCUGUCUCCUCACUACAUUCCUCAGAGCCCUCCUGAGGGGGAGGACUCCCUGUCUCCUCACUACUUUCCUCAGAGCCCUCCUCAGGGGGAGGACUCCCUGUCUCCUCACUACUUUCCUCAGAACCCUCCUGAGGGGGAGGACUCCCUGUCUCCUCACUACAUUCCUCAGAGCCCUCCUGAGGGGGAGGACUCCCUGUCUCCUCACUACAUUCCUCAGAGCCCUCCUCAGGGGGAAGACUCCCUGUCUCCUCACUACUUUCCUCAGAGCCCUCCUGAGGGGGAGGACUCCCUGUCUCCUCACUACUUUCCUGAGAGUCCUCCUGAGGGGGAGGACUUCCAGUCUUCUCUCCAGAGUCCUGUGAGUAUCUGCUCCUCCUCCACUUCAUUGAGUCUUCCCCAGAGUUUCCCUGAGAGUCCUCAGAGUCCUCCUGAGGGGCCUGCUCAGUCUCCUCUCCAGAGACCUGUCAGCUCCUUCUUCUCCUACACUUUAGCAAGUCUUCUCCAAAGUUCCUAUGAGAGUCCUCAGAGUCCUCCUGAGGGGCCUGCCCCAUCUCCUCUCCAGAGUCCUGUGAGCUCCUUCUCCUCCUCUGCUUCAUUGAGCCCAUUCAGUGAACAGUCCAGCAACCCAGUAGAUGAAGAUACAAGUACCUCAGACACUUUGCUAGAGAGUGAUUCCUUGACAGAGAGCGAGUCCUUGAUAGAGAGCGAGCCCUUGUUCACUCACACACUGGAUGAAAAGGUGGACGAGUUGGUGCAGUUUCUUUCCGUCAAAUAUCAAGCGAAGCAGCCUGUCACAAAGGCAGAGAUGCUGACGAAUGUCAUCAGCAGGUACACGGGCUACUUUCCUGUGAUCUUCAGGAAAGCCCGUGAGUACAUGGAGAUUCUUUUUGGCAUUUCCCUGAGAGAAGUGGACCCUGACGACUCCUAUGUCUUUGUAAACACAUUAGACCUCACCUCUGAGGGGAGUCUGAGUGAUGAGCAGGGCAUGCCCCAGAACCCCCUCCUGAUUUUUGUUCUUAGUAUCAUCUUCAUGAAGGGCACUUGUGCCUCUGAGGAGGUCAUCUGGUAUGUGCUGAAUGGAAUGGGGGUGCAUGCUGGGAGGGAGCACUUUGUCUUUGGGGAGCCCAGGGAGCUCCUCACUAAAGUUUGGGUGCAGGAACAUUACCUAGAGUACCAGGAGGUGCCCAACACUUCUCCUCCAUGUUACGAAUUCCUGUGGGGUCCAAGAGCUCAUUCAGAAAUCAUUAAGAGGAAAGUAGUAGAGUUUUUGGCCAUGCUAAAUCAUACUGUCCCUGUUAGCUUUCCAUCCUCAUACAAGGAUGCUUUGAAAGAUGCAGAGAAGAGAGCCCACGCCAUAAUUGACACCACAGAUGAUUCGACUGCCACAGAAAGUGCAAGCUCCAGCGUCAUGUCCCCCAGCUUCUCUUCUGAGUGAAGUCUAGGGCAGAUUCUUCCCUCUGAGUUUGAAGAGGGCAGUCGAGUUUCUACGUGGUGGAGGGCUCGGUUGAGGCUGGAGAGAACACAGUGCUAUUUGCGUCAUUUCUGUUCCAUAUGGGUAGUUAAGGGGUUCAACUGUUUUACUUUUGGGUAUUUUUCAAAUGUUUUUCCUGUUAGUAACAGGUUUAAAUAACUUCAGAAUCCUAGUCGCACAUGUAUUGCUGUUUAUCUGGUUUAAGAGUAACAGUUUGAUAUUUUGUAAAAACAAAAACACACCCAAACACACCACGUUGGGAAAACCUUCUGCCUCAUUUUGUGAUGUGUCACAGGUUAAUGUGGUAUUGCUGUAGGAAUUUUCUUGAAACUGUGAAGGAACUCUGCAGUUAAAUAGUGGAACAAAGUAAAGGAUUGUUAAUAUUUGCAUUUCCUCAGGUCCUUUAGUCUGUUGUUCUUGAAAACUAAAGAUACAUACCUGGUUUGCUUGGCUUAUGUAAGAAAGUAGCAGAAAGUAAAUUGUAAUAAAUAAAAGUAUCAGUGACUCAUU